AGCGGAGGCGGCGUCCCUUCGCAGGCCGGUUACGCGGCGCCAGAUGGAGGAAAUGGGAGGGAAUUGUCCGCCCGGGCAACCGAGAGCAAAUGGGAUGGAGGCUCGUAACUAAGGGCAACGGAGAACGAAUGGGACGGGAGCUCGUAACUAGGGCAACGGCGGCUAGCGGCUCCGCGACGAGGAGGAAGCAAAGUGAGAUCGCAGAAUGCAGCUGAAGCACCUGAAAACCCUGUUGACGCCGCAGGAUGGUGCUGCAAAAGUUACAUGUAUGUCAUGGGCACCCAACAACAACAAGUUUGCAGUCUGCACAGUGGACCGAGUUGUUCUUCUCUAUGAUGAAAAUGGAGAAAGAAGAGAUAAAUUCUCCACUAAACCUGCUGAUUCUAAGUAUGGCAAGAAAAGCUAUGUGGUCAAAGGGAUGGCCUUUUCACCAGAUUCCACCAAAAUAGCUAUUGGACAGACAGACAGUAUCAUUUAUGUUUAUAAAAUUGGAGAAGAAUGGGGAGACAAGAAGGUUAUUUGUAACAAGUUUGUGCAAACGAGUGCUGUUACAUGUCUGAUUUGGCCAGCAGAUCAAGCAAUUGUUUUUGGAUUGGCAGAAGGAAAGGUUCGCUUAGCUAACACAAAAACAAACAAGUCAUCAACCAUUUAUGGAACAGAUUCUUAUGUGGUUUCACUAACUUCAAACUCGUCAAGCAAAGGGAUUCUGUCUGGCCAUGCAGAUGGCACUAUUGUGCGUUACUAUUUUGACGAUGAAGGGUCGGGUGAUUCACAGGGUAAACUAGCUACUCACAGUUGUCCACCUUAUGCCUUAGCUUGGGCUUUAAACAGCAUUGUAGCUGCUGGAUGUGAUAAGAAAAUCAUUGCCUAUGGAAAGGAAGGCCACAUUAUCCAACAGUUUGAUUAUGGUCGAGAUUCUACAGAGAAGGAGUUCACAGUAGCUGCCACCAGCCCCAGUGGACAGUCGGUAGUCAUUGGCAGCUAUGACAGGCUCAGGGUUUUAAAUUGGAGUCCUCGUAGAAGUGCUUGGGAUGAGUCUCGACCAAAGGAGAUCCCAAACCUUUACACUAUUACUGCCUUAGCUUGGAAAAAGGAUGGUUCUAGACUUUGUGCGGGCACACUUUGUGGGGGAGUCGAACAGUUUGAUUGCUGUCUACGUCGUUCUAUUUAUAAGAACAAAUUUGAAAUGACGUAUGUUGGCCUCAGUCAGGUUAUAGUGAGGAAUCUUUCCACUGGUACCAGGGUGGUGCUGAAAUCCCAUUAUGGAUAUGAAAUUGAUGAAGUGAAGAUCAUGGGAAAAGAUCGAUUCUUGGUGGCUCAUACAACUGACACAUUACUUCUAGGUGAUUUGGCCACCAAUAAACUUAGUGAGGUUGCUUGGCAAGGUUCUGGUGGAAAUGAGAAGCUUUACUUUGACAAUGAAAAUGUCUGCAUGAUCUUCAAUGUUGGUGAAUUGACACUUGUUGAAUAUGGUAACAAUGACAUUUUGGGGUCUGUUAGAACUGAGUUCAUGAAUCCUCAUUUAAUUAGUGUUCGCUUGAAUGAACGCAAACAAAGAGGGGUAGAUGACAAUAAGAAAUUGGCAUAUCUGGUUGACAUUAAAACAAUAGCAAUUGUUGAUCUAUUAUCUGGAUAUAACUUGGGUGCUGUAAGUCAUGAUACAAAAAUUGACUGGUUGGAGCUGAAUGAAACUGGACGCAAGCUGCUUUUCAGAGAUAAAAAACUUGGUCUGCACCUGUUUGAUAUAGAAGACAAUACAAAGACAACGAUCUUGACUCAUUGCACCUAUGUUCAAUGGGUACCUGGCAGUGAUGUGGUUGUGGCCCAAAAUCGUGGUAAUCUUUGUGUCUGGUAUAAUAUUGAUUCUCCCGAGCGAAUUACAAUGUUUCCACUUAAGGGUGAUAUUGUAGAUCUGGAGCGGAGUAAUGGUAAAACUGAAGUCAUUGUCACUGAGGGAGUGAAUACUAUCUCUUAUACUCUGGAUGAAGGAUUGAUUGAAUUUGGCACAGCAGUUGAUGAUGGAGAUUACAGUAGGGCUACUGCUUUUCUGGAAACGUUGGAGAUGUCAUCAGAGACUGAAGCCAUGUGGAAAACAUUAAGCAAAAUUUCUUUAGAAGCACAGCAAUUACAUAUUGCAGAGAGAUGUUUUGCUGCCCUGGGGGACGUAGCUAAAGCUCAGUUUCUCUGUGAGACUAACCGGAUUGCAGACCAAGCAGCAAAAGAAUAUGGAGGUGAUGGCACAGACAAUUAUCUUGUUCGUGCACGAUUGGCUAUGUUGGAGAAAAAUUACAAAUUAGCAGAAAAUUAUUAUCUGGAACAGAAUGCUGUUGAUAAAGCCAUGGAUAUGUACCAGGAGCUACACAUGUGGGAUGAAUGUAUUAAUGUAGCUGAAGCCAAGAGUCACCCAGAAUUGGACAAUCUACGACGUAAUUAUUAUCAGUGGCUGAUGGAGACUAAUCAGGAGGAAAAGGCAGGAGAAGUGAAAGAAAAUGAAGGAGAUUACACUGGGGCUGUCAAUCUGUAUUUAAAAGCUGGUCUCCCUGCAAAAGCUGCCCGAUUAGUACUAAGUCGGAAUGAACUGUUAGCAAACAAUGAUGUUAUAAAUCGAAUUGCUGCUGCUCUGAUUAAAGGAGAUUUUUAUGAAAGGGCUGGAGAUCUCUAUGAAAAGGUUGGAAAUUAUCGGAGAGCACUGGAUUGUUAUCGCAAGGGAAAUGCCUUUCGCAAAGCAGUGGAAAUGUCCAGAAUGGUUUUUCCUUCUGAGGUUGUGAAGUUAGAAGAGGCCUGGGGAGAUUAUCUUGUACAACAGAAACAGUUGGAUGCUUCAAUUAAUCAUUUUAUUGAAGCUGGUUGUACAAUAAAAGCAAUUGAAGCAAGUAUUGGAGCUCGACAGUGGAAAAAAGCAGUCCAUAUUUUGGAGCUUCAAGAUGACAAAACAGUUUACAAAUAUUAUCAAAAAAUAGCUCAACACUAUGCUUCAGUUCAAGAAUACGAGACCGCAGAAAAAAUGUACAUUAAAGCUGACCGAAUCAAGGAUGCCAUUGACAUGUAUAAGCAAGUGGGAAGCUGGGAGAAAGCUCACAAGUUGGCUGUGAAGUGCAUGAAGCAGGAAGAUGUCACUGCUCUGUAUAUAAAUCAAGCACAAGAAUUGGAAAAGAAAGGAAAAUACAAAGAAGCUGAAAGGUUGUACAUUACUGUGGAUGAACCUGAUUUAGCAAUCACAAUGUAUAAGAAGCUUAAAAUGUAUGAUGACAUGAUUCGACUUGUGGCUAAGUAUCAUAAAGAUCUACUUACAGACACUCACCUUCAUCUUGCAAAGGAACUAGAAAGUGAAGGCCGUUUUCGAGAAGCUGAAUACCAUUACUUGGAAGCGAAAGAGUGGAAGGCAAUUGUGAAUAUGUACCGUGUUAAUGACAUGUGGGAUGAAGCAUAUAGGGUUUCUAAAGCCCAUGGGGGUGCGAAUGCUCAUAAACAGGUGGCCUAUUUAUGGGCUAAGAGUCUGGGAGGAGAGUCAGCAGUUAAAUUGCUGAAUAAAUUUGGUCUUCUGGAAACAGCAAUUGACUAUGCAGCUGAUAACUGUUCUUUCGAGUUUGCAUUUGAAUUGUCACGACUAUCAAUGAAAAAUAAAAUCCCAGACAUUCAUCUCAAAUAUGCAAUGUAUCUGGAAGAUGAGGGUAAGUUUCAAGAGGCAGAAAUUGAAUUCAUUAAAGCAGGGAAGUCUAAGGAGGCUGUCCUUAUGUAUGUACAUAACCAGGAUUGGGACGCUGCCCAGAGAGUGGCAGAAGCUCAUGACUCGGAAAGUGUAGCUGAUGUCUUAGUGGGUCAGGCACGAUUUGCCUUUGACCAGAAAGAAUAUCAAAAGGCUGAGGCUUACCUCCUGAGGGCUCAAAGACCAGAACUGGCUGUUAAGUAUUACAAGGAUGUUGGAAUGUGGAGUGAUGCAAUUAAAAUUUGUAAAGAGUACAUCCCCAACAAGCUGGAACAACUUCAGGAGGAAUAUGAAAAGGAAGCAAUUAAGAAAGGAGCAAGGGGAAUUGAAGGAAUAGUUGAACAAGCCAGAGAAUGGGAGCUGUCAGGAGAAUAUAUCAGGGCUGUGGAAUGUUACCUUAAGGUCAAGGAGACAAAUAACUUGGCUCUAAUGGAGAAGUGCUGGAUGAAGGCUGCUGAAUUGUCUAUCAAAUUCUUAAACCAGGAAAAAGCCCUUGAUGUUAUUCAGACAGUUGGUCCUCGGUUAAUUGAAAUACAGAAAUAUAAUUCGGCAGCUGAAUUAUACCUCAAUGUGGAUCUCAUAAAAGAAGCCAUAGACUGCUUCAUAGGAGGGGAAGAAUGGAACAAAGCCAAGCGUGUGGCAAAGGAACUUGAUCCAAGAUUUGAAGACUAUGUAGAUCAACGCUACAAAGAACAUUUGAAAAAUCAAGGCAAAGUGGAUUCACUGGUUGGAGUGGAUGUGAUAGCAGCACUCGAUAUGUAUGUUGAACGAGGACAAUGGGAAAAAUGCAUAGAAACUGCCAAUAAGCAGAACUAUAAAAUUCUUCACAAAUAUGUAGCUUUGUAUGUUACACAUCUUAUCAAAGAAGGUCUUUCGGAAAAGGCAUUAAGUCUGUACGUUCAACAUGGUGUUCCUGCUAAUACACAGAAUUUCAAUAUAUACAAACGGAUUUUCAUGGAUGUAAUAAGCCUGCCAGACAUAAAUAGUGCUGAUGGCUAUAGGACAUGGGCUGAUCUUCGCAAUGUACUCUUCAUUCUGUGUGAAAACCUGGUUAAAUCUUCAGAGUCUAAUUCUUCUGCUCAUGAAGAAUUUGAGCAAAUGCUACUGAUUGCACACUAUUAUGCCACUCGUGCGGCAUCUUUGGGAGUCAAUCAACUGGACAUGAUUGCAGCAAAAUUAUCCAUCUCUCUGCUUCGGCAUACGGACGUCAUUCCAGCUGACAAAGCAUUUUAUGAGGCUGGUAUAGCAGCAAAGGCAGUUGGAUGGGAGAACAUGGCUUUCAUUUUCCUGAAUCGUUUCCUGGAUCUCAGUGAUGCAAUCGAGGAAGGGAAUCUCGAUGGGCUGGAUCAUUCUGAUUUUCAACAAACUGAUAUUCCAUUUGAAAUACCGGUCCCUGCAAAGCAACAUGUUUUGGAUGACAGGAGGGAAGAGAUUAGGGACUGGGUUCUCACUGUUUCGAUGGACCAGCGAGUGGAGCAGGUUCUACCAGCUGAUGAACGAGAUACUUAUGAAGCCUCCUUAAUAGCUGUAAAUACUGGCAUCCGUUCUCUUCCUUGUGUAAUAACAGGUUAUCCUGUACUUCGACACAAAAUUGAAUUCAAAAGGCCUGGAAAAGCAGCAAACAAAGAUGACUGGAACAAGUUCCUCAUGGCUGUGAAAACAACUCACAGCCCAGAGUGUCAAGAUGUUUUGAAGUUUGUCAGUCAGUGGUGUGGAGGCCUUCCCAGUGCUAGUUUCUCCUUCCAGUGAAGAAGGUUAUUAGGUGAUUACCUGUUAUAAAACCAUUUUCUUGUGUAUUUCAACUCAGUGUUGAGUGCUCAACUGGUCUGUUUCAUUAUUCUUUUCCAUUCUGAAGACAUAUUUAUUUGCCAAGUGAUGUCGUUAAUAAAAUUUCUUAACUAACACAAUUGAAUACUUAGAAUCUCUAAAAAUUCUUGGCAUUACAAUAUACUUGUAAAUAAUAUUCCUUUGCUAACAGUUCAGUUUUAGAAAAAAUUUAGGUGAUAUUUUAAGAGAAAUCCAUAGGGAAUGGGAAUUUUCUGUUAACCCAUUGAAUGCCACAAUAACCCAUCUUACAUUUUUCCUUAAUCUUUGAUGUAAAUUAAGCUUAUUUUUUUGAAGUUCAUUUUUUUAAUGUUAAGUUCAAUAUAAACUGCAGGAACACUAGCCUGUGUUCUUCAAUUUGACAGCGUUGGUGUCAACUGUAAGUAAUUGAUCAUCCAUGCUGCAAAACAACUGAAUUUUGUAGCUUUUAUUUCUGUGUAAAGUCAUAUUUUGUUGGGACAUUAUUCUAUGUAUCCACUUUAUUUCUGUGGAUAUGUACUGUAGAAUAACAUAAAAUGUAACACUAUUAAUUUUGGGGAUCAUACAUAAAAUGAAAUGACAAAUGUGACUAACUUCUACAAGCUGGUUAUCAUUAAAGUAAGAGUUUCUUGAAGUAGUCCAUGUAAGGAAGUCCAUAAGUUAAGAUUUGUGUUGCAAAUCUUUGCUAAUUCCUCCGAGACCCCUGAACCAUUAUCUCUUUGAAUGCAGGGUCCAAAUGGUAUAGUAAUACCAUUUAAGUUGUUUGAGGAUAUAUUUAGAUAUUUGAUAUGAUCAAAACUUACUAUCAAUUAGCUUUAUUGAGAUUGCCACCAACGUUACCUUGUUAAUGGGUACCAUUAUGUACUUGUUUUCUACUUAUUUUUGUAUUACAAUUCAUUUAUUCCCAUUAAAUUUAAUCUUACACUUCU